AUGUAUUGCCAGAAGUGUCGCACGCCGUUGAAACUGGAUGGCUCAAUAGAGUCACUAAACCCAGCUGCCUUUGACUUGUUAUCCAACUCUACAGGGAAGACGCUGUCGGAUGGAGCUGUUUCCUCUCGAGCGUCAUAUCCACCCGAACAUCGCGACAAGUAUGACCAGUCCUCUAGACAUGCUACGCAGCCGGUUUACAGACGGUCUAUCCCUGCCCCGCGUGCAGGCCAGCCCAACCCUCCGACCAUACCCCGAGCCGAGAGCGGCAAUAUGUCAUUUGUGAUGCUGACGGAGUCUCAAGUCACGCCGCCACCAGCCAGUGAGAGUGCCCGAAGCAAGCGAAAUACACAAGCCCAACGUGGCCAGGAGGAUGGGUCAUUUGUUGAUCAAGUGGAGAAGACAACACGACUGUUUGAGAUCGUCUCGGCGCGCUCCGAUAUCGAUCAUCCGAUUUGCGUGGAGUGCACCGAGCUACUUGUCGAAGGAUUGCAGAAACGCUUGGCUGGAUCUACGAAGGAGCGAGAUGCAUAUAUCUCGUUUCUUAGGAACCUAAAUGGGUCAAUCCCGACCGGAGAGGAGCUGCAGGCAGCCCAGAAAUCGUUGGAUGACAGCCUUCAAGCGGAGCGGGCUGCAUUCGCAGAGCUGCAGGAGUUCGAGAAAGAAAAAGCUGCUCUAGAUGCGGAAAUUUCCAGCUUAGAAAUUGAGUCUCGACAUCUAGACGCGGACGAGGAGAGCUUUUGGCGGUCUCGCAAUGCUUUUGCCUUGACGCUAACCGAGUUUCAAAACGAACGGGAUGCGCUCAAUAUGCGUUAUGAUCAUGACUCGCAACAGCUUGAGAGACUACAACGAACAAAUGUCUACAAUGACGCGUUCUGCAUUGGUCACGAUGGAUAUUUCGGUACAAUCAAUGGACUACGACUGGGUCGGCUGGCCAAUCCUUCGGUUGACUGGCCUGAAAUAAAUGCGGCAUGGGGACAGACAGCGCUACUUCUGGCUACAAUGGCUGACAAACUGGGAUUCCAAUUCCAAGGGUAUCGUCUCAGGCCGCUGGGAUCUAACUCACGAAUUGACAAGCUUGAAUAUCCUACGCAGCCAUCCGGUCAGCCUGUGGAGGGCGCUACACCUAAAGUUAUCGAACUAGACCUAUUUUCAUCCGGGGAUCAACUGCUCAAUUUGAAUUGGCUUCACCGUCGCUUUGACUCCGGGAUGGUGGCGUUUCUUGAAUGUCUCCGGCAGCUGGGCAAGUUUGUUGAAAGGACCCCGGCGCCCGUUAUUUCCCCCCGCCGCGGCCAGACCGGCGCCACCGCACCGGGGUUGAAAUUACCCUAUGAGAUCAAGCGAGAUCGUAUUGGCGAUUCUAGUAUCAAGUUGGGCUUCAACCAGAAUGAUGAGACAUGGACACGAGCCUGCAAGUACACGCUCACCUGCUGCAAGUUUCUCCUUGCGCAUGCCAGCAAUCUGGCCAGCACGGGGUCGAAUUCAGCUGCGGUUGCGGCUGCGGCCGUAGCAGCCGCGGAUCAAGCCCGACAGACAACGAUUCUGAAUAAUAAAUGA